AGAAUAUGUUAAAAGAAAAAAUCAAUUAAAAAGUUAAUGAAGAUAAGAUUUGAGGGAGGAAGGAGCAUGGGAUGGUGAGGAGCAUCAAGGGAGAGCGUGGGAGGUGAUGGGAGUAAAAGAGGAAUCCCAAAGGCACCGUCGUGUUUGAUAGAGGGGAGAAAGCGAAAACAGAGAAAAGCAAAGCCAUCUCCUUUUCCUUCCACUGUCUUUCUCAGGGCUUUCAGCUCUUUCUGUAGUUCUUCUGUAGAAAGAGAGAGGCUGUGUUUGUGUGUUGGUAUAAGUAAGAAAUGCAGCAGCACCUGAUGCAGAUGCAGCCCAUGAUGGCAGCCUAUUAUCCCAACAACGUCACUACUGAUCACAUUCAACAGUAUCUUGAUGAAAACAAAUCAUUGAUUUUGAAGAUUGUUGACAGCCAGAAUUCGGGGAAACUCAGUGAGUGUGCAGAGAAUCAAGCAAGGCUACAGCGAAACCUCAUGUAUUUGGCUGCAAUUGCUGAUUCUCAACCCCAACCUCCUACCAUGCAUGCCCAGUUCCCUUCCAGCAGCAUUAUGCAGCCAGGAGCACCCUACAUGCAGCACCAACAAGCUCAACAAAUGACACCACAAUCCCUGAUGGCUGCACGAUCUUCCAUGCUAUACACUCAACAACAGUUUGCAGCACUGCAACAACAGCAAGCCUUGCACAGCCAGCUUGGCUUGAGCUCUGGUGGAAGCCCAGGACUUCACAUGCUGCAGAGUGAGGCCGGCACUGCAGGAGGCAGCGGAGGGCUUGGGGCAGGAGGGUUUCCUGAUUUUGGAAGAGAUGCUGGAGGCAGAGGAAUGGCAUGUGGAAGUAAGCAAGAUAUUGGGAGUGCAGUGCCCACUGAAGGGCGAGGAGGCAACUCUGGAGGCGGCGGCAGUGACGGAGGUGAAACUCUUUACUUAAAAUCGGCUGAUGAUGGGAAUUGAGAGGAGAGAUGAUGAACCUGCUGGUUUGUUAACAAACCAACUUAGGAGAGUUAGUCAGGAGGUUGAUUUAGAAAAAGAAAAUGGGAAGGACUUGUUUGGAGAACUUGUAUGAUGCAAACCAAAAAAAGAAGGCCAGGACCUGAUCCCCCAAACCUUUGUUUUGGUUGUUUUAAUAUGGUUAGACUAUGAAUCUUGUGCUAGUGUAUCAUGUAAAUUUUAGGUAAUAUUCUGCUUUGCUUUGUUCUUGAUGUCAA